AUGGCUUCAUCUCAAACACCAUCAGAAAUGCCACCAUCUCAAGAACAAGCAUCAUCAGCAACUCCUAUCCCUGAUCUUACCACUAAAAGAGUUUAUAACAAUAGAGGAAAGACUGAUCCAGCUUGGGGUCAUUGUAAACAAAUUGUGGAAAAAACAGGGAAAAUUACUAUGAUGUGCAUAUAUUGUGACAAACCUGUUAGGGGAGGUGGGAUUAAUCGAUUUAAGUAUCACUUGGCUGGAAAAGGAGGAGAUGUUGAGAAGUGCAAAAAGGUUCCACCUGCUGUUGCUCAUCAAUUUGGGCAAAGUAUUGAAGAAUUUAUGAAUAAGAAAAGGAAAACUCAAGAAAAUUAUGCAGAAAGUUAUGGAGAAUGUGAUGAUGUUGAAAGAGAAUUUGAUAGAAUGGAAGAGGUUGAAGCACGACAGCAACAACUCCAACAUUCAAGGACAAGGUUGCCACCACCCGCAGCUAGGAAAGGGAAAAAGACUACUGGAAUAGAGACUUUUUUCCCAUCUUCAACAACACCUGGAGCCCAACCAACGAUAAAAAGUGUAUUGCAAAGUAAAGAAAUUGUAGAAAAAUGUGACAUUGCCAUUGCAAAGUGGAUGGUUGAUGCUUUUGUGCCAUUUAAUGCAGUUAAUUCAGCAUAUUACCAACCAAUGAUUGAUGCUAUUGCAAACAUGGGUGCAGGAUAUAAAGGUCCAAACUUUGGUAGAGUUCGUGGGUAUUUGUUGAGUAAGUUGGUGGAGGAUGUGAAAAAGAUGAUUGAACAGUAUCGUGAAAUUUGGAAGCGAACUGGAUGUACUAUCAUGGCUGAUGGAUGGACUGAUCGUUGUAGGCGCACUUUAAUUAACUUCUUGGUUUAUUGUCCUAAAGGAACUAUCUUCCUAAAGUCUGUUGAUGCUUCUCAUGCCUCCAAGACUGCUGAAUUAUUGUUUAAGCUUUUUAAGGAUGUUGUCAACUUUGUCGGUCCUGAAAAUGUUAUUCAUAUAGUGACGGAUAAUGCUGCAAAUUAUGUUGCUGCUGAAAGGUUGUUGGAAGCUGAAUUCCCUAAGUUGUAUUGGUCUCCUUGUGCUGCGCAUUGUAUUAAUUUGAUGUUGCAAGAUAUUGGAAAGUUGAAUGAAGUCAGUGAGACAGUUUCACAUGCUUCAAAGAUUACUAAAUACAUAUAUAAUCAUUGUCAUCCAUUGUAUCUUAUGAGGAAGUUUACCGGUGGACGAGAAAUACUUCGUCCAGCUCCAACUCGCUUUGCUACCAAUUUCAUAGCUUUGCAGAGUAUUCUGGCUCAAAAAGAUGCAUUAAGAGCUAUGGUAACUUCUAAAGAAUGGACAAUCUCAGCCUACUCCAAAGAAGCUAAAGCUAAAACAUUUGUGGAUCAAGUUUUAGACUCUAAGUUUUAG